GAAGGAAGGAAGGAAGGAAGGAAGGAAGGAAGGAAGGAAGGAAGGAAGGAAGGAAGGAAGGAAGGAAGGAAGGAAGGCUCCGCGCCGGACAGGUUUCCUGGGUCUUUUGUUUGCAGCAGAGAGAAGAAAGCACGAGGCGGGAUCAUUCCCCGCUUUGCUGGCGUUCCUGGCUUUGUCCUCACUCACCACCGCUCCUUCCUUCGUGAGGUGACUUGGAUGUCCUGUACUUGUUGAUUUUUCCUCUCCAACUGCGAAAAAUCGACCUAAACCUUUAGGAUUUCUACGUGUUGAGCACUACCAGGCAGUCGCCUCUGCCUCUAGGACGAAAGUACAGCAGGGAUUUCUCCCCCCAACAGUAUCUUCAUGAGAUAGGGUCUCCUUGCUGCAGCUGGGCCCUUCUUCCCACCAUAUUUCCCUAUGUGUGUUGUGUGGCCUGGUGUUUGCAAACCCAACUCCUCCUAAGAUCUUUUUGCAGGAGCCUGCUGUCAGUUCUUUCCUUGGUAGGUCUGUGUUCCACUAGAUGUAUUUGAUGGCCAUGUUUCACCAAGGAAGCCAGCACCCUUUCUCCUUGCUCAGACUGAACUAACUAACCUUCCCUUCCUUUGCAGACAGGACCUGUAUUAUCAGUCAAUCCCUCCCUCCACCUUUGGUGGGUUUUUUAAGUAUACCCCUAUCAGAUUGGGUGACCUUGUGGUUGCUUCCACUUUUAUGAUUCUAUGACUUGUAUCAGGCGUAAUGGCAUGAUAAUUUUCCAACGAGGACUCACUAUCUGCCACCAAUAACUUUACAGAUCCUUUGGCUUUUUUCUCCUCAAGAAGCUGGUUCUUGCCUUGGAUGGUGGGAGCUUCUUGCCCCUUCUAGAUACCAAUCAAGGCAGUUAUUGAUUUCAGACACCUCCUUAUGUGCUUGCUGGGUGCUGUGCUUGUUUGGAUGAGUCCACGACAUGCCUAAUAAGAGACGAGAUGGGCCAGGGCGAUGAAAGCGAUCGCAUUGUGAUCAACGUGGGAGGGACUAGGCACCAGACUUACCGCAGCACCUUACGCACCUUGCCCGGCACCCGACUGGCCUGGAUCGCAGAGCCAGAUGCCCACAGUCACUUUGACUAUGACCCUCGUACCGAUGAGUUCUUCUUUGACCGGCACCCUGGCGUCUUUGCCCAUAUUCUGAACUACUAUCGCACAGGUAAGCUGCAUUGCCCAGCUGAUGUCUGUGGACCUCUGUAUGAGGAGGAGCUGGCCUUCUGGGGCAUCGAUGAAACCGAUGUGGAGCCCUGUUGUUGGAUGACCUACCGGCAGCACCGUGAUGCUGAAGAGGCCCUUGACAGUUUUGGUGGGGCCCCUCUGGAUUGCAGCGCAGAUGAUGGAGAUGUGGAUGGCACUGGAGACUCAGGGGAUGGCGAGGAGGAGCUGGAGAUGACAAAACGCCUGGCACUCAGUGACUCCCCAGAUGGAAGGCCUGGGGGCUUCUGCAAGAGAUGGCAGCCCCGUAUCUGGGCACUCUUUGAGGACCCCUAUUCCUCCAGAUAUGCAAGGUAUAUCGCAUUUGCAUCUCUCUUCUUCAUUCUGGUAUCCAUCACUACCUUCUGCCUUGAAACCCAUGAGAGAUUUAAUCCUAUUGUCAACAAGACAGAGACGGAAACUAUUGGGAAUGACACCCACAUGCGCAUCUACCAGGAAGCAGAGACUGAGGCCUUUCUGACCUACAUUGAAGGAGUUUGUGUGGUUUGGUUUACUUUUGAGUUCCUGAUGAGGAUCAUUUUCUGCCCAAACAAAGUGGAAUUUAUCAAAAAUACCUUGAACAUCAUUGACUUUGUGGCCAUUCUGCCUUUCUAUCUGGAGGUUGGACUAAGUGGCCUGUCUUCCAAAGCUGCUAAGGAUGUCUUGGGCUUCCUGCGGGUUGUUCGGUUUGUGAGAAUCCUGCGAAUUUUCAAGCUGACCCGCCACUUUGUAGGGCUGCGGGUCUUGGGUCAUACCCUACGUGCCAGCACAAACGAAUUUUUGCUGCUCAUCAUCUUCUUGGCAUUGGGUGUCCUGAUUUUUGCCACAAUGAUCUACUAUGCCGAGAGAAUAGGUGCUAAACCCAAUGAUCCUAGUGCCAGUGAACACACACACUUUAAAAAUAUCCCCAUUGGCUUCUGGUGGGCUGUUGUCACUAUGACGACCCUGGGCUACGGAGACAUGUUUCCUCAGACUUGGUCGGGCAUGCUGGUGGGGGCCCUCUGUGCUCUUGCUGGUGUGCUGACCAUUGCCAUGCCUGUACCUGUCAUUGUGAACAAUUUCGGAAUGUAUUACUCCUUAGCUAUGGCUAAGCAGAAGCUACCAAAGAAAAAAAAGAAGCAUAUCCCACGGCCGCCCCAGCUGGGAUCCCCCAAUUAUUGUAAAUCUGUCAUAAACUCUCCACAUCACAGUACUCAGAGCGACACAUGCCCACUCGCCCAAGAAGAAAUGUUAGAAAUUAACAGAGCAGAUUCGAAACUGAAUGGGGAAGUGGCCAAGGCGGCGCUGGCAAAUGAAGACUGUCCCCACAUAGACCAGACUAUGUCACCCGAGGAAGGCCUGCCCUUUACCCGUUCUGGCACUCGGGAGAAAUAUGGACCCUGCUUCCUCUUAUCAACCGGGGAAUACCCCUGCCCGCCUGAUGGAGGAAUAAGAAAGGGUUAUGAAAUGUCAAGGAGCCUUAACAGCAUAGCUGGCAUAAGUGGAAAAGCAGUAGAGUUAUCCUCAAAGCCUGCACCCUACACCUCUCCCAGCCUAAUGAGACAUUCUUGGUCUACAAUCCCAUCAAUUUUGUAGCAUGGAUCAGUAGCAGAGAAUGGUCUAGAUAAACUUUAUAACACGAAUCUUUCAAAUUAGAAAAGUAGAGAUCAAAAAGAAAGAAAAAAGAAAAGCAAUUCUUUCUAAUUGGUCUGUGCGGUACCAUGUAUGAAGACAUGGUCAUGUAUGAAGGUGCCAUGUCUCUCGGUAGCAUCUCAUGAGAACAGUGUUACUACACAUGUUAGUAACACUUAACAUUGACAACAUUCUUGGUCAGUGGGGCUGAGAUGACACUGAGUGGGGCUUUAGGAGCUUUGGUGGGCCAUAACACUGCAUGAUAUUGGUACAUAAGACAAUAAGGUGGAUGCACCAUGUAGUUUCCUCCCACUGGUGUACCAUGUUGAUAUGUGCUUUUCUUGGCUUAUGGUGGAUCCACUGGCUCUUAUGGAAUGGUUAAGCAUUUAGUCCAAUGCUGAAACUUGCCAACGGUUGAAGAUUUUGCUUUUCUCAGGAUAUUUUUGAGCCAUAGGAACCCUGCAGGAAUUUGAGCAAAACACACGCAGUAGGAUGAAAACUUUGCAUGGGCGCCUAUUCUAUGUUGAAAGCAAUAAGAUACACUGUAGAGAGGUCUCUGGCUGGCUGGCUGCAUGGGAAAAAAAGUACUGGCGGAGAAGAAAACUGGCUGCCUCUGCAUGUAGCUCUUUCUACCGUAGCCCUCCUUCCUUUAAACACGCCCAGCUUGGUUUGAAAAGCUCAGGAGAGAAGCUCAAGUAUUGAUUAUAUUCUUUACAUGCAGAUCUUUGCAAAGAAAGUCCUGUCAUUGCUAAAUAUAUGCCAACAGAGGCAGUCAAAGUGACUUGACAUGGAGAGCACGAGAUGGACAAUGAUGGCUAAUAAACGUCUGGGUGGAACUGUGCGGGCUUAGAAGACCUCUUCAUUUGGACCAAUGUAAUCUCACUCCAUGCAAGUUUGCAGGACGGUUCUAUGUGGUUUCAGAGAUAUAAAGUAGAUUUGCAGGCUUUUUCUAUGGCCAAAAUGUAACAAACGGUAGAAUUUUGUUGUUGUUGUUCCAUAGCAUGAAUUGCAUGAAAAAAGAAAUAACAAACCAACUCUGCAAUUGUAUGAGUAACUUUAAAGCAGCGCG